UUUUAAAUUGAUUUGAGCUUGAAACAGAAUUUUUAUUCGCGAAAAUGUCCGUAAAUUAUGCAUCUGGUUUGUCGCCGUACGAACACAAAGGAAAGUGCGGAAUGAAAGAAAUUUUUGAUGAACCUGAAAUUUUAGAAAAGGCGUGUGAUCAGCUGGCCGAGAUGAUCCGAAACAGCAGAAACCUGGUGGUGAUUACUGGAGCAGGUGUAAGUACUUCGGCCGGCAUCCCUGACUUCAGAGGACCCAAGGGUGUAUGGACUUUAGAAGAAAGAGGCGAAACUCCAAAGCUUGAUGUAACGUUCGAGACAGCAAGACCGACAUUAACACACAUGGCUCUAGUAGCUCUUGAGAAAAAAAAUAUAUUGAAACAUCUGGUCAGUCAAAAUGUUGAUGGACUGCAUAUGAGGUCUGGUUUUCCAAUGAAUAAGCUGUCCGAACUACAUGGUAACAUGUUCUUAGAACAGUGUGACUUGUGCAAAAAUAAAUACAUCAGAUCAUCAGUAGUGCCGACGAUGGCUAAGAAAAUAACUGGAUCUAAAUGUAGAGUUCAGAAGCAUAAAGGGUUUUGUAGAGGCAACAUGAGAGAUACAAUUCUAGAUUGGGAAGAUGAGCUACCUGUUAAUGAACUCAACAUAUCAGAAGAAUUCUGCCGGAAUUCAGAUUUGUGUUUGUGUCUAGGCACAUCCCUGCAAAUCAUGCCCUGUGGCAACAUGCCCCUACUGACCAAGAAAAACGGCGGCAGAGUGGCUCUGGUUAACCUGCAGAAAACGAGGAUCGAUAAUAAAUGCGACCUGAAGAUAUGGGCCUUCGUCGAUGACGUCAUGAGGAGAGUCUGUGAGAGACUAGACGUAAAAAUACUGACGUGGACAGAGCCUGUAAUCAACACGAAAUCCACACACAGCAUACAACAACCUCUUGAUCACAACUUUUCUUCAAAAUCGGACGACGACACGGCAGACAAUAAUGAUCAUACCAAAGGAAAUAAACGAAACUAUAAGAAAAAACAUAAUUCAUUAGAUUCGAAAUUUCUAAUAGAUGAAUGUUACAGUAAUGCUAGAAAUGGCAAUGAUGAUUCAAAUUUAAGUGAUUCUAAAAUUGCUGACACUAAAGAUUUUGCUGUCGUAAAUAACAUGAAAAGAAAAUUUGAUUCUUAAAUGUUUUAUUUCACAGUUAUUGCACGUUCUUCUUUGUAUAUUUUUACAAUGUGUCAAUUCAUGUGGUUGAAAAAUAAAACGUCAGUUUG